GACCUCCUUGAGUACAUCAUGGUUUCAAUGGGGUGUUUAAUAAGUGAUUGGGAGCCACUGACAAGGCAAUUUCCAAUUCCAUUAUCCAUUUGCAUUAUGGACGUGACUACAAUACUUUACAUAUGCUACUUUGCAAAGGCUCUAGCCGAAUUCAGCGUAUACUUCGUAUGGCUCGUCGAUUCAACAUCCAAAACGAUCCAAUACAUUGCUGCCGUGGUCACUCUCCUGGCGAUAUGUCCAUUCUUUCACGUUACGACUCUGGCAUUAUCUACCCGGCCAACUCUGGUCUUGUCAGAAACAUAUUUCAUAGCUUAUCUUUGCUUUAGUGCCCCUCUUGGAGCGCUGUGGUUUGAACCUACCCGGCAUGGAAUAAGGCGAAUCAUUCCGCUCUCAAUAGUUUCCACGCUUGAUGCUCUAUCGUUAUACAUCUUUCUCUAUUCCAAGGGGAAACUCCGACAUUCGGGUCCAUCCGUAACAGAUGAAGAGCACGAAAUUGGCAAAGCGAAAGGCAAAGCGCUUGAGGGAAACAGCGGGCGAGCUCCAGCAGGAGAGAUCACCGCAGAUCAGCACAGUCAGAAUGGCCAACGCGGAAUAUUUCACGAAGCUCUUGAUGGCCGGGAUGUUGGGUACGAUGCUCAAUUUGCCUCGAGAGUAAACGGCGCCGUUAUUGGCAGCAGAUUUCAGGGAGAACAUCAGGAACAGCAAUACCGACAACAAUACCGACAGCACCGGGACCAACAACACCAGGAACAACAACACCAGGAACAGCAACACCAGGACCAACAACACCAGGAACAACAACACCGGGAACAACAACACCAACAGGGAAUAAAGCAUGAUGGCGCUCUUGAAGUGGAAGAUCAGACUCGUGAAGAUGGCCAAUCGUCGCUUGCACGCGAGAAAGAGACUGCAGCACUAAAGGGCAUUCAGGGGGAUCAACAAUAUGAAGAAGACGUAGAAGGCUUGUAUGGAAUUCAAGAGCAGAGGGAAAUGGUACAUACGAGAAACAAUGCGAAUACUGUAACGAGGGGAAUGUUUCAGAGGCCUCAAAUUCUGUCUCCCACAAUCACCAGAACCGCUCCCGGUGAGAUACAUCCUGCGCUCAGAUCAAAAUUUUCCACCUCUGAGCUAGGGACACCGGAGGCAUUCGAAACGCCUCGACGGGGGGCUAGCCCGCAACAUGAAGAAGAUAUUGGAGAAGGAAUGUUUUAGAAUUUUGCGCACUGUUUAGGAUUGAAAAUCAAAGUUCCCUUUCUCUGGGGUAAGAAUCAUGUCCGGCAGGGAUGGGCUUGGGAGAGCAUUUGUGCUUUUGUUGUAAUUAAUACGGGCUUCGAAAAUAUGAAUUUUUGGGAGUUGCAAGCCAUCGUGUUCUGAUAGUAAGCCGACUUAGUGAGGAGAGAAGAAGUGCGAACAUAAUACGGC